AUGCAAUUCAGAACCGAGUUAAGCAAUUGCUUCGACCAAGGUAAUGAACCUCACAUCUUUGAGCUCUUAGAAUCUCUGAUUGCUCAACAUCAAGGCAAUGAUUCCAUUAGUGCAUACUUCACAAAACUCAAAGAAAUUUGGGAUGAAAUUCAUGAACUCCGACCUCACAUUCCUUUCACCUUUGCUAUUGAAUCCGAUCAUUUUGAUUUUCAAAAUCUUGAACAAGUUCUACCAUUUCUUACUGGUUUUAAUGAGUCAUUUCAUGUUGUUCAUGCCCAACUGUUACUCAUCGAUCCUCUUCCCUCUCUUUCAAAGGUUUUCUCAUUCAUUGCACAAGAAGAGCAUCAAAGAAAGCUUCGCCCUUCCCACAUUACCAAUCUGAUUGCAACCUCUACUUCUAACCCCAACCUUGCAUCUUCAAAAAAACAAAAAGAUGAGGUUCACUUGUUCAACUGCGAAAAACUAGGCCAUCUUAAAGACAAGUGCUACUUUUUUAUGGAUUUCCUCCGAGGUAUGGUGACAAAUGGCAGCUUGAAUCUUCUACUAGACCAUCUGCGAAUCAAGCUACUACCUCUUCAUCCAAUUGUCUCAAUUCAUGAGAAUCAUUCUUCAAUUCAGAAACUUAUUGCUUUACCCAGCCAACAAAUUUAG